AUGGAAGUUGCUCCAAGUCAGCCGACGGCAGAGUCCGGGGGUGAUCACAAUGCCAGUGCUUCGAUGUCUGCGGGCAUGGAGAGAGCGGAUGUGGCCAGUCCCAGUCCGGUGACCAAACAGCGAUCACUUCGGGCAGUUUAUGUACUGAACGACGGAUUGAAGGCAGUCGCUGCAAACAGCCCAGAGUCGGGUGCCUUACAGUGCCUCCAGCGUGCAUGUGACGCUGAGAGCGCUAUCUUAACUGUUGUAACUUUCGGCCGGUUAGAUUUUGGCGAAACGUCAGUGCUGGACACGUUCUAUGAUGCAGACAUAGCAGUAGUGGACAUGAGCGAUGUGUUCAGACAGCCAUCACUAUUUUACCAUCUGGGCGUACGGGAAAGCUUUGACAUGGCCAACAACGUCAUUCUCUACCACGACACGGACCCUGAUACAGCCCAGUCUCUUAAGGACAUGGUGGUGCAGAAAAACACAUAGGCAAAGCCGGUUACAGUAGGCUUUCCCUGGGUACAGUUGCCUCCAGAGUAUCGUGGCUCUGGCCUGAGGAACAAAGCCUCCAGUGGAAACUACUAUUUCAUCCCUUACGUGAUGACCCCCAACCAUGAGUACAUGUGCUGUGAGAACGUGGCUCAGAGACGGGCAUCCGAGUACAUGCAGCCCAGCUGGGACAACUUACUGGGGCCUCUGUGUGUGCCACUGGUGGACCGCUUUGUCAGCCUGCUCAAGGACAUUCACGUCACCUCCUGCGCCUCCUUUAAGGACACCCUGCUGAACGACAUCAGGAAAGCUCGAGACAAAUACCAGGGAGAGGAGUUAGCCAAGGAGCUGUCCCGUAUCAAACUCCGCAUAGACAACACUGAAGUUCUUACCCAAGACAUAGUCAUGAACCUGCUCUUCUCAUACAGAGAUAUACAGGAUUAUGAUGCCAUGGUGAAACUGGUACAGACACUGGAGAUGUUGCCCACUUGUGACCUGGCCAACCAGCCCAUGAUUCAGUUCCAUUAUGCAUUUGCACUCAACAGACGGAAUAGCCCAGGAGACAGAGAGCAGGCCCUGCGUGUGAUGCUGCAGGUCCUGCAGUCAUGUGAACACCCUGCCCCUGACAUGUUCUGUCUCUGCGGCCGCAUCUACAAGGACAUGUUUUUGGACUCAGACUGCAAGGACACCAAGAGUAGAGACAAUGCCAUCCAGUGGUACAGAAAGGGCUUUGAGCUACAGCCGACCCUGUAUUCGGGCAUUAAUCUGGCUGUGCUGCUUAUUGUGGCCGGUCAGCAGUUUGAAAGCUCCAUCGAACUGAGGAAAAUAGGGGUCAGGUUGAACAGCCUGCUGGGCCGGAAAGGCAGCCUGGAGAAGAUGAAUAAUUACUGGGAUGUGGGUCAGUUCUUUACUGUCAGCAUGCUGGCCAAUGACAUCCCUAAAGCAGUACAGGCCGCAGAGAAACUCUUCAAGCUCAAACCCCCCAUCUGGUACUUGCGGUCAGUGGUUCAGAAUUUGCAGCUUAUUCAGCAUUUUAAGAAGCAGAAUACGGAGCAUUCACCCCAGAGAGAGAGACUCAAUUUCUGGAUGGACAUCAUCGUAGAAGCGACACAAGGGACGACUAAAGGGCUACGCUUUCCGGUUUUGAUCCUGGAACCCACUAAGAUCUACCAGCCAUCCUAUGUGUCCAUCAACAGUGAAGCGGAGGAGAAGAAUGUGUCUAUCUGGCAUGUUUCUCCAGCUGAGACGAAAGGGAUCCAUGAAUGGAACUUCACUGCAACGUCCAUUAAAGGAAUCAGUAUCUCUAAGUUUGAUGAACGCUGCUGCUUCCUGUAUGUUCAUGAUAACUCAGAUGACUUCCAGAUCUACUUUUCCACUGAGGAUCAGUGUGGAAGGUUCUGCUCCAUGGUGAAGGAGGUUAUCACAGAUGGAUCAGGGAAUGCUGUGGAAUUGGAGGGAGAGGGUGAUGGAGACACACUAGAAUACGAGUAUGACUACAAUGAGAACGGGGACAGGGUGGUCUUGGGGCGUGGCACUUAUGGAGUUGUGUAUGCGGGCAGAGACUUGAGCAACCAGGUACGCAUUGCCAUUAAGGAGAUCCCAGAGAGGGACAGCAGGUAUUCCCAGCCUCUCCAUGAGGAAAUCGCUCUCCACAAAUACCUGAAGCACAGGAAUAUUGUACAGUAUCUUGGCUCUGUGUCUGAAGACGGAUACAUCAAGAUCUUCAUGGAGCAGGUUCCUGGAGGGAGUUUGUCAGCUUUGCUACGCUCAAAGUGGGGUCCCCUUAAAGAGGCCACCAUCAUCUUCUACACACGGCAAAUCCUUGAGGGACUUCGUUACCUUCAUGAGAACCAAAUUGUCCAUCGAGAUAUCAAGGGAGAUAAUGUGUUGGUCAACACCUACAGCGGAGUGCUGAAGAUCUCAGACUUUGGCACCUCUAAGAGACUGGCUGGAGUCAACCCCUGCACAGAAACGUUUACUGGCACGUUGCAGUACAUGGCGCCUGAGAUCAUUGACAAAGGCCCUAGAGGUUAUGGGGCCCCUGCAGACAUCUGGUCUCUGGGCUGCACCAUCAUAGAGAUGGCUACAGGCAAACCCCCUUUCCACGAACUGGGGGAACCUCAGGCUGCCAUGUUUAAGGUAGGGAUGUUCAAGAUCCAUCCCGAGAUUCCAGAGUCUCUGUCGGCUGAAGCAAAGUCUUUUAUCCUACGCUGCUUUGAGCCUGAUCCCAGUAAGAGAGCCACUGCUGGAGACCUUCUCAAGGACCUAUUUGUUCGGCACAACAUCAAGGGCAAGAAGAACAAGAUUGCCUUUAAACCAUCAGUGUGGCAAGAUUACAUUCGCAGUGUGUCACUGCCCGUGCAGUUGCAGUCUGAGGCCACAGGCAGCAGCAGUAGUGAACAUGGCUCCGUUUCUCCUGACUGUGACUCCAAGCACGAUGUCUUCUUUGAGAAGAAAAAACGUUCGGGCUCUGAGAACCUCAUCAAACCACCCAGUUCUAACUUCCUCAGUGUCCCAGAUGAGAGCUCCCCCUCUGAGGACCGUACCUCUCCAGCUUCGUCAGAAGAUCGAGACUCUGGCCUGUUUUUACUUCGCAAGGACAGCGAGAGACGGGCCAUCCUUUAUAAAGUCCUUAAUGAGGACCAGGAUAAAGUCACCUCUAACCUCAUGGAAAACCAUAUCCAGGGUACUGAGGAACUGAAGCUCUCAGUGGAUCACAUUAAACAGAUUAUCUGUAUCCUGCGCGAUUUUAUCCGCUCUCCCGAACGCCGGGUCAUGGCUAACACCAUCUCCAAACUCAAACUGGACCUGGACUUUGACAGCACCUCCAUCAACCAGAUCCAGCUGGUUCUUUUUGGCUUCCAGGAUUCUGUGAAUAAAGUGUUGAGAAACCAUCACAUUAAACCUCACUGGAUGUUUGCCAUGGAUAACAUCAUCAGACGAGCUGUCCAGGCAGCUGUCACCAUAUUAAUUCCAGAACUUCAGACCCAUUUUGGCCCUGCGUCGGAGAGUGAAGGGGCAGAUAAAGAUGCAGAUGAGGUGGAUGUUGAGGAUGUGGAGUUUGGGGCCGUGGAGCCUGCGUCUCAGGAGGACACGGGUCUCACCUCCGGAGUCAGCACCUUAAGCUCAGUCAUCUCGCACGACUCUCAACGGCCGCACCAGUCUCUCAGCACGCAGCUCGGACGUCUCAGACAGGAGACAAGCAGGUUGUUGGAGGAGCUCGUACAGAAGGAGAAAGAAUAUCAGCAAGUGCUGAGACAGACUCUCCAGCAGAGGGCGCAUGACCUGGAGUUCAUCAGACUUAAACAGCAACCUGCAGAACUCCAGCUUCCCUCCGUCUUCCACAUGUCGGCAAACAUAGUGGCAGAUCAGGAGCUCACUGAUUGGCUGAAGGAGCAAGGGGCUGACGCAGAAACCAUAGAUAAGUUUGUGAUGGAGGACUACACUUUGGAUGACAUUUUAAAUGAUGUCUCAAAGGAUGACCUCCGCUACCUGAGACUACGGGGUGGGGCCUUGUGCAGGAUCUGGCGAGCCAUUCAGAGACACCGUAGCCGCGAGCAGAGGAGGAUCGAGAAUGAGGAGAGUAACUCUGAAAGAUGA